AUGAUCCGCAGGUAUCUGCAGACGUGGAUACCCGCAGAUAUAGAGCGGAUGUCUGGGGAUUUGCAGGGCUGUCGCUAUGGUUCAGUUGGCACAUACUGCAAACCUAGAAGGCCUGGUGAACAGAAACACUUGAAAGAUGUCCCAUCUCUGCAAUGGAUGCACCUGGCAGUGGUGGCAUGUGGUGACCGCCUGGAAGAGACCCUUAUCAUGCUGAAAUCAGCAGUUCUGUUUAGCUACAGGAAGCUCAAGUUUCACAUCUUUGCUGAAGAUUCCUUGAAGCCUGAAUUUGAGAAAAAGUUAAGGGAAUGGCCUCCCGCGUACACAAAGAAGUUUGACUACCAAGUCUACCCAAUUGCCUUUUCAGUAGGAAAUGCUCAGGAAUGGAAAAAAUUAUUCAAGCCUUGUGCUGCCCAGCGCCUCUUUCUUCCGGUGAUUUUGAAGGAUGUGGAUUCUCUUCUUUAUGUGGACACUGACGUUCUCUUCCUGAGGCCCAUUGAUGACAUCUGGAGCUUUCUGAAAGAGUUCAACUCCACACAGCUGGCUGCAAUGGCCCCGGAGCAUGAAAUACCAAAGAUUGGCUGGUAUAGUCGAUUUGCUCGCCACCCUUACUAUGGAACAACUGGAGUCAAUUCUGGAGUCAUGCUGAUGAAUUUAACCCGGAUAAGAAACACAAAGUUCAAGAACAGCAUGAUACCAACAGGCUUGACGUGGGAGGAAAUGUUGUACCCUUUAUACCAAAAGUAUAAAAACUACAUUACAUGGGGAGACCAGGACUUGCUAAAUAUUAUUUUUUACUUUAACCCAGAGUGUCUCUAUGUGUUUCCCUGUCAGUGGAACUACCGGCCUGACCACUGUAUGUAUGGGAGUAACUGUAAAGGCGCAGAAGAGGAAGGUAUAUCGGUUCUGCAUGGUAACAGAGGGGUCUACCAUGACGACAAGCAGCCUACUUUUAAGGCACUCUAUGAAGUGAUACGUGAUUUUCCCUUUGAAGACAAUCUCUUCCAGUCCUUGUUCUACCCUCUUCAGUCUAAGUUUCUGGAUACUGUGCACACUUUAUGUGGGCGAAUUCCACAAGUUUUUCUGAAGCAGAUUGAGAAAACAAUGAAGAAGGCUUACGAAAAUCGUGUCAUUGUUCGUUUGGGAGUCAAUUAUCGAUACUGAACAUUGCUAAAUUUUAUGUGGUCUUUUUCAUCCUUGUAUCCAAAUAUUGGGAGGCAGAUGAAAUGAAGGUUAGUUUAAGAUUCAUGUUAGAAACAAACCAUUGUCUAAAUUGGAACAAUUAACCAAGGAUCACAGUCAGUGUUUCCUCUAAUCUUUUCCUUCCACGUGCGGAAUACAUUUUAAUAUGUACGAUGGCAUGUGCAAAUGUGCACCACCAGUAGGAACAGAACAUCGAGCUGUGGGCAUUUUGCUAAUCAGCGGGGUGGCAAUUGAAUCUCUCCUGAGCCACACAAGCUAAAGGCCACACAAGCUUGCAGUGAAUUCGGAUCAUGGUGGAUUCUGCAUCGCUGAUCACUUUUAAAUCAAGCGUGGGUCUUUUUCUGAAAGAUCUGCUCUAGGAAUUAUUGUAGAAAAGUUCUGUGGCCUGUAUUAUACAGGGAGGUGUGAGUAGAUGAUCACAAUGUUCUGUUCCAGCCUUGGAAUUCAUGAAUUUAUCUGUUAUGUUAAAAACUCCUUAAAUUAUUAAAACAGAAUUUUAAAAAUCCAUGAAAAUUGCCACUGCUCAUGCUCUUUGUUCACGUUCUGCAUUUCUCUCAGCUUGAGCAAGGAGAACCAAUGGUUUGAUUGUCACUAGUAUGAGUUACAUGUUUUUAGUUGUGCCCUGUUUAAGUUUAAACACUUCAGGAGGAGUGUAUUUGUUUAAAAACAAAUGUUUUCAUUGGCAGUGUUUUUAAGUUGUUGAAUUAUCGCUAUAAUAUUUUAUAAAGGGUUUUUUUUUCAUUCUGCCAGAUUUAAAUUUGGGUCUAGAUAUAAAUUGACAUCAUCACUGACUUAAAAAUAGAUGUUCAAAUCAUCAUGACAAGGUAGGUUAAAAAUGACUGUGUGAAAGGGAAACCAUCUGCUUAAAAAUCAUUGAAAGGUGGGGGGGGGGGAGACUGUUUACUUCGUGCAUUUGACAGCACUUUGUAUCUAGUGAGUAUUAUUGUUCCUGAGGUUGAGUUUCCCUGUUUUGUGUGGGCCUUUCACACAGCAACAGGAAGGAGACCCAUUAAAGCCACUAAGAACAACAUAUGCACAGAUAUUGGGAGAGGGCUGUGGAGAUAAGUACAUACCUGAAACUUUGUGUGAAAUUGCCUAGAUUUUAAGUGUCUGUUUUUAAAUUCCCCUCUGUGUUUUAAAUGCAUUACCUUUUCUUGCUAUUAUGUGGAUUUAAUUAUGUUAAAAAUAGGCCAAGAACAUUGUGAAUGAACUGUAGGAAAAUAGGUACUAUUGAUCUGUUUUCCUCAUUAACCUUCUUUUAAUUGCUAUUUACUGCUUGGGAAUAAUUCUGUACCACCGAGAACCUUUCUUCCAGCCAAGCAUGACUGGGAGACUGAGAUUGGAUUGUUGCAUGUGACUGUUUUUCCAGUAUGCCAGAAAUCCACUUGGUUCUUGGACAUAAAAAAAUAAAAUCCACAUCUUUGCUUGGCACUUUCAUCCCUUGAAGUUCACUAUCUGUGUAGGAUUUUAACUAAUAGCCUCAAAGUGGAAUGGGCUACAAGAUGGGUUUGAUUAUUGUUUUACUUAAAAUAUCUAAUUUAGGUUAGAUUUCAAAAGAAUGUUCAUGUUGUAAGUAAUUAGAAGGUUACAGACAGUGUUAACACAGCUCAUUAAAAUUUGCAAUAGUUAAGAUGCUGAGAAGAAGCUGUUGGAAAUCUGAAACUAAGGAAACUGUAAGGCCUUGUCUAUAUUUACCAGGAGGUCGGUGCUGCAGAGAUUGAUCUCCUGGGCUCAAUUUAGUGAAUCUAGUAAAGACUAAAUCGACCACUGAUUGUGCUCCUGUCGACUCCAGUACUCCACCGGUUUGAGAAGAGUAAGGGGAGUCAACAGGAGAGGUUCUCCCGUUGACUCCCUGCAGUGGUAACAUGAAUUAAGGUAUGUUGACCUAGCUACACUAUUCACAUAGCUGGUGUUGCGUACCUUAGUUUGAUAUUGCCUCCUAGCAUAGACCUGGCCUAAGUUAAAAUCUUGAGGGAUGUAUACAGCUGAAGGGUGGUUUUGUUCAGCAUGUGGAAGGCAACUGAAUAGAAGUCCUUACCUUAUCUGUUCAUCUGAAAAAAUCAGCCAUCACUUGGAACUCUCUCUUAAGUGUAGUACACAAGGAGUUGAGGGUGAACUAUUCUGUAAUGAGCCAGUUGCUAUGGACUGCACUGUACUAUGCAUGUAAUAGCAGUGCUUUUCCAGACAUACCUACUUACCUUGCGUGGCUGGUGAGUGUAAAGGGCAGAUCAUUUUAAUAAGACUCUAGAAGCUCAAGACAGCCAGCAGUGUUGGUAUUGCUGCCUUCACCACUCAUGAUUGAUAGUUUUGCAAGGGAACUGGUGCCAACCGAAAAUCCUUAUGUUUGUCCCUAUUCUCCAGUAACAGCAGACUGUCUGUCUCUCUCUUUCUCUUUGCCUAAUCAGAAUGGUUGACACAAAUGUGCCUAAAUAUAAUACCUGGCUAGGGAAGAGGAAGACCUGAAGUUUGCUGGCAGCUAACACUGCCAAAUGGGCAGGUUGUACACAGUGGUAAGUGUCUGUGGAAACCUUUCACAAAUACCUGGGGUGUGAAAACAUGUGACACAUCUGUAGGCAUAUCCGCUUAAUGUCCUGACCUCACCAAAGUCAGUGAUUUCACCCCAGGGCUGGACUAGUCUUUAGAAGAGACACAACAGACAAAAGAGCAGUUCUUGGACACGGACACGCACGCACACACACGCACCGUGUACCUUUG